AUGGUGCAGUCCUUAAACCCAUGCACUGAUGGUGGUGCCACCUCCUGUGGGGUGGCUGUGCCCCAGCCCAUCGCCGAGAGCUGCAACGAGCCCUGUGUCCAGCAGUGCCCCGACUCCACGGUGGUGAUCUACCCUCCCCCAGUGGUGGUGACCAUCCCUGGCCCCAUCCUCAGCACCUUCCCACAGCAGAGUGUUGUGGGGUCUGCAGGAGCUCCUGAAGUUGGCGGCUACCGGGGCUACGGGGGCCUCUAUGGCUACCGGGGCCUCUACGGCUUCGGGGACCGCUACGGCUACGGGGGCCUGUACGGUUACCGGGGCAUCUAUGGCUCUGGGGACUGCUAUGGCUAUGGGGGGCUGUAUGGAGGCUAUAGGGGCCUCUAUGGAGACUGCUGUGGCUACCCAGGCUUUUACUCUGGCCGCUAUGGCUCGCGCUACGGCCAAAGGUUUGGCUACGGGGGCUGCUAUUCCUGCUAA